AAGCUUAAUGCCAUUGCUGAAACAAAAGCAAGAAAAGACCCUGAGCCCGUUGAGAAGAAGUCUAAAAUAGAGAAGAAUACAACAAUUGAUUAUAUAUUCAACAUGGAUGAAGGUGAGACAGUAAAAUGUGAAAUAGGUGGCGUUGAUGCAGACAUACUGAUCGAUUCUGGGAGCAAAUGCAACAUUAUCACUGACACAACAUGGAAUCAUUUAAAAGCAAAUGCGAUUCAAAUAACCAGUCAAGAUAAAUCUGUGGAUAGAGUAUUUAUGGCAUAUGGCAGCAAAGAACCAUUGACGGUGCUAGGACGUUUUGAAGCCAACAUUAGAAUUGGUUCGGAAGAACAAGAAGCUACAUUCUACGUUAUCAAGGAUGGGCCUAGAGAUUUACUAGGCAAAGACACUGCUAUUUUGCUAAAAGUUCUCAAAAUUGGGGCUGUUCCGGGACAAAAUCCCUCAUCUUCUAGACAUUGAGCACAUGCAGACAGAUCUAGAAGUAAGGGACAAGGACGCCGAAAUGAAGGAAAAAGGAAAAUUAAAGGAAGAUCGCAAAAGAGGAGCAAAGGAACACCGGUUAGAGGUAGGAGAGAAGGUAUAUGUAAAAAACAUGCUUAAAGAGAACAAAUUAACAUCAAAUUACAAUUCUACACCUCAUACUGUUACUAGUGCUAAUAGAGGUGACAUAAAUGUUCGAAAUGAUCUAACUGGGCAAGAGUAUAAAAGAAACAUAGUCCAUUUAAAAAAAGUUGAAGGAGAAUGGAGAGUAUGGGGAAAGGAUAAAGAACAGUCUGCGUCUCUCACUGAUGAUUCUGAUCUUGAAUAAAUAUUUAGUGGAAUUGAUUGUAAUUCAAGGGUAG